AUCAACCGCAGGAGCGGCUGGGGCGUCCCCAGCAGCCCGCUGCGCCUGGGUGCCACAUGGGGCUGUGUCAGGAGUGUGAAGGUCCUCUUGCCCCAUGGGGCAGAGGUAGACAACCUAGAUGUGAAGGCUCAAACCCCACUCUUCAUGGUGGUCAGCAACGGCCACCGAGAACACGCAAAAGUCCUCCUGGAUGCAGGGGCCAGUCCUGCUGACAGCAUCUACAGCAACUGCUCUCUGCUGCUCAUCACUGCGAGGGAUGGGGACAUGGGCAUCCUGCACGUCACAGAAACUAACAUUCAGGUGAAGCUGUCUGAGCAAGCUGCCAAGUUGGUGGCUUGUUCUGGUCCCCUCUGCCUCACCACCAUGUGCAGGCACCUGGAAGACUUCAAGACGCUGUUGCUUUAUGGUGCUGAUCCUGACUAUAAUUGCACUGAGGAGAGGGUGAUUGCCCAGGUCAAGGAACCCAAGCCUCUGCUGGAAACCUGCCUGAGACACGGCUGCAGGAGCGAGUUCAUUGAGCUGCUUAUUGACUUUGGAGCCAGCGUGUACUUGUCCAACAUCACGGCAGAUGAGAUGGCACACCGCAGCAAGGGCCUGGAGCUGCUGCUGCAG